AUGACGAAGGGUACGCAGGCGUUCGGAAAGAAGCAUAACAAGACGCACACGCUGUGCCGACGCUGCGGGCGGUCUUCCUACCACAUCCAGAAGCACACCUGCGCCUCAUGCGGAUUCCCGGCCGCCAGAAAGCGCACCUAUCAAUGGGGCAUGAAGUCGAUCCGUAGAAGAACCACCGGCACUGGCCGCAUGCGCCACAUGAAGAUUGUCCACCAAAAGUUCAAGAACGGUUUCCGCGCCGGAGGAGUCGCCAAGCCGAAGACGGGAACCCAGAGUAAUAACGCCGGAAAUGCU